AUGAAGAACCAAGGUGGGGAGACCAAAGCAGCCCCACGGCCUCCCAGCUCUUCCAAAAUGAGCACUGGGUUGGUGCUGGAGGAGGGCGACGCCCCGGAGGCUGCAGCACCCCUGGAAGCCCCUCUGGCACAGGAGGACGCCAAGUGCCCCCGGCCCGCCGUGCGCGACGUCUCCGAGGAGCUGAGCAGGCAGCUGGAGGACAUCCUCAACACCUACUGCGUGGAUGCCAGCCAGGAGGGGCCGGGGGAGGACGUUGGGCAGGGGGAGCCCCCCGAGGCCGAGGACCCCGAGAAGGGUCGGAGCGAGUCCCCCCGGCAGGGCGAGCAGGACACGGGAGGCCCCGAGAUGAACGGGGAGAAGGAGAACGCCAGGGGGGCCGAGGAGGGCGGGGAGCGGGACCAGAAGAAGGCUCAGGAGAAGAAGAAAGCCAAGGGCCUAGGCAAAGAAAUCACUUUGCUGAUGCAGACACUGAACACCCUCAGCACGCCAGAGGAGAAACUCGCCGCGCUCUGCAAGAAAUACGCUGAGCUGCUGGAAGAGCACCGAAACUCCCAGAAACAGAUGAAGAUCUUGCAGAAGAAGCAGACGCAGCUGGUGCAGGAGAAGGACCACCUGCAGAGUGAGCACAGCAAGGCCAUCCUGGCCCGCAGCAAGCUGGAGAGCCUGUGCCGCGAGCUCCAGAGGCACAACCGCACCCUCAAGGAGGAGGGUGUCCAGCGGGCGCGGGAGGAAGAGGAGAAGAGGAAGGAGGUGACCUCCCACUUCCAGGUGACCCUGAACAACAUCCAGCUGCAGAUGGAGCAGCACAACGAGAGGAACUCCAAACUGCGCCAGGAGAACAUGGAGCUGGCAGAGAGGCUCAAGAAGCUCAUCGAGCAGUACGAGCUGCGGGAGGAGCACAUCGAUAAGGUGUUCAAACACAAGGACCUGCAGCAGCAGCUGGUGGAUGCCAAGCUCCAGCAGGCACAGGAGAUGCUGAAGGAGGCAGAGGAGAGACACCAGCGGGAGAAGGACUUUCUGUUGAAGGAAGCUGUGGAGUCGCAGAGGAUGUGUGAGCUGAUGAAGCAGCAGGAGACCCAUCUCAAGCAGCAGCUGGCUCUCUACACAGAGAAGUUUGAAGAAUUCCAGAACACCCUUUCCAAAAGCAGCGAGGUGUUCACGACGUUCAAGCAGGAGAUGGAGAAGAUGACAAAGAAGAUCAAGAAGCUGGAGAAGGAGACCACGAUGUACCGCUCACGCUGGGAGAGCAGCAACAAGGCACUGCUGGAGAUGGCUGAAGAGAAAACCCUUCGGGACAAAGAACUCGAGGGACUUCAGGUGAAAAUCCAGCGCCUGGAGAAGCUAUGCCGAGCCCUGCAGACGGAGCGCAACGACCUCAACAAGAAGGUGCAGGACCUGUGUGCCCACACGCCCCGGGCAGACCCCGACCUGCUGGAGCCCCUGAAGGACCCGGCCCGG